AGGCACCGCACCAACCAAAUAAUCCUGCUCCCCUGACGUCCCAGAUAAUCAAUCCUUACAUCCCUCCAAAUCAAUUCUCCCAAGCAUCAAUCUCUCGUCAUGACCGUUGACAAUGGCCUCAGCUGCCAGACGUACAAUGACCACCCGAACGGUCGACCGACGUCAUAGCCGCUUUCAUCCAGACCCGUUGCGACCUCCAUUCCAGAACGUCCACCAACCUAGCUAUCGACACACCAUGACCACGCAAUAGUGGCAUCACGACCGGUUGUGAGUCUAUAGAAGCGGUCCUAGUCUACAUCAUGGACGAAGAACCAUAUCGUGACGGCUCCGUAGGUUGCCGAGCUGAUCAGUAUAAUGCCAAAGCUGACUUGGCCGAAGAGCCGCGGAGGGACAGAGGAUUCCGACACUCACAACCAACUAGAGGUCGUGCUUUACCCGGAAUGCAAUCAUCGCCGCAAGUCUUCCCUGGUCAUGGCGGAUGACCCGGUGACCAGACCCGAUCUCUCGCAUCCGGAUCAAACGACAGCGUGCUUUGUGCACUCGCUGAUUGCGGGAGAAUGGGGGGACCCGAAACAUAAAAUCAAGGAGCUGGAGGGGGUCUUGAGAGGGUCGAAGGAUGAGGAUGAGGAAGAGGCAACUGGCGAUGAAGAAUCCGAUAGCCAUGCCUCGACGAUCGAGAAGGCCAUGGUGCAGUCGCGACAUUUGACCAAGAAACAGUUGUCUGAUAUGGCUUGGAAUGUGCGCAAACUGUCGAAGAAACUGGACAGCAUCAAGCUCAGACUUACGGUCAAGACGGUUUUCUUGGUGACCAAGGCCGGGGAUCAGUCCGUUAUCGGUUCAACGAGAGAGGUCGCCAGGUGGCUUUUGUCCAAGGACCGCGCUACUCUGUACAAUGUGUAUGUGGAAAAACGUCUGGAAACGGACCCGGAGUUUGGUGCUGCGCAGAUAUUGCGGGAGGAACCGUCUGCGAAGUCUCGUCUGAAGUACUGGGAUCAUGAGCUUGCGGUUGAGAGAGCUCAUUUGUUUGAUUUCGUUGUCACGCUUGGGGGUGAUGGAACUGUUCUGUUCACGAGUUGGCUGUUCCAGCAUGUGGUGCCACCGGUGCUUUCGUUCUCGCUGGGAUCUCUGGGGUUCUUGACCAAGUUUGACUUUAAUGACUACCAGAAGACGCUCACUGCUGCCUUUAGAGAUGGCGUCUCCGUCAAUCUACGAUUACGGUUCGAGUGCACGAUCAUGCGGAGCAAGCCACUCCCUGAAGGGUCUUCGUGUGCUGGAGGGAAACGGGAUCUCGUGGAAGAGCUGAUCGGUGAAGAAUGCAUUGAUACAUUGACUCAUAGGCCGGAUAAGGUCCUUCAGAUAUUGAACGAUGUUGUCCUUGAUAGAGGGCCGAAUCCUACAAUGUCCUCGAUCGAGUUGUUUGGUGACGAUGAACAUUUUACUACACUUCUUGCCGAUGGAGUCUGCAUAGCGACACCUACUGGCUCAACUGCGUAUAAUCUUGCGGCUGGAGGGUCGCUGUCUCAUCCGGAUAACCCUGUCAUUCUCGUCACUGCAAUUUGUGCCCAUACACUCUCGUUCCGGCCAAUCAUUCUGCCAGAUACGAUUGUUCUCCGCAUGGGAGUACCAUACGAUGCUCGGACAAGUUCGUGGGCCAGCUUUGACGGCCGGGAGAGGAUUGAGCUACACCCGGGUGACUAUGUGACUGUUUCUGCAUCGCGAUACCCGUUUGCAAAUGUUUUACCCCGGGGUCGACGUGGGGAUGAUUGGGUACACAGUAUCUCGAAAACACUGAAUUGGAACUCUAGACAGCGACCGAAGAGCCUCGAACCAGUCGACGAGGAAAAGGGCGGUAAAUAAACGAACUUGCAUGUCAGGAUGAGUACUCCGUACUCUGUGCGUUUUACUGUCCGAUAUAGGGGAUCAAUUCCACAUUCCCACAGUUAUUGCCUAAACGUUCUAAAAUAGAACCAUAUAGUGGCGUUGUAUAUUAACUAGCUCCGACACAAUAUGACGAGCUUGGCGACAAUUUCGAUGAGAAAUGCCAACCGAAUCGAAC